GUAGGCGAAUCACGUGUAAAGAGACCGUUGAUCGUCAUGUCUCUGCUGUAGCAAAGCUCCGUGCUAGAUUUUAUUUGCCUCAAGUUGUCGCUGCACUUUGUUUUGACAGCUGCUUGUUUUCUUUUCUCGCACCUGUUUACCGAAGAAUGAGCGAAAACGAUGACAUCGAAGUCGACAGCGAUGCAGAUAAGCGAGCCCAUCACAACGCGCUGGAGCGCAAACGCAGGGACCACAUUAAAGACAGCUUUCACGGUUUACGGGAUUCUGUGCCUGCAUUACAAGGGGAGAAGAGUUCUGUCAAACAGGCUUCCCGAGCACAGAUUCUAGACAAAGCCACCGAGUACAUCCAGUACAUGAGGCGAAAAAACCAUACCCACCAGCAAGACAUCGAUGACUUAAAGAAGCAGAAUGCACUGUUGGAGCAGCAGGUCCGUGCACUGGAGAAGGCCAAGGGGAACACUCAGCUCCAGACAAACUACUCUUCUGACAGCAGCUUGUACACAAACCGCAAAGGCAGUGCGGUGUCCGCCUUCGACGGCGGGUCCGACUCCAGCUCCGAAUCAGAGCCGGACGAGCCGCCCACCAGAAAGAAGCUGCGCGUGGAGCCCAGCUAGACCCGGGUCGCCCCCCCUCUCAGCGGUUCUCCAAACAGACUCUUUUUUGCCCACCAGCCCCGACUCCUCUCACCUGUCCGCACUCUGUCCUGCCUUCUAACGCCAGUCUAGGAGACAAGGUGGAGACUGUGUGAGAGAGGUGCUAUUAUGUAUAAAACGCUUCUACCUUCCUCUUUCCUCCUGGCAAGUAUCCUGUCACUCCAUUCGUGGCCCAGUAACAACUUUCAAGACCCCCAAAGUGAGGCAGCUCUGCAGUUUUGAAGGACUUUUUUUUUUUUUUUUUUUGGUUCCAAACCUCAUGAUAACCAUUCAUAAUCAAAUGUGGAGACAAGGUAUGACGCUUUGGUAAAGCUACACAAAGUAUGAUUUUUUUUGGGGUGGGGUGGGGGGUUGUUUUGGACAACGUCUGCAAUCUGUAGGAGUUGUGAGACUUUUCGACCUUUGACAAAAUGGUAAUUAGGGAUAGUUUUUAAUAUUCAUACUUUUCCAGAGAAGAAUGUGAAGUUGCUUUUGAAAAAAAAAAAACGUCUGUUAUGCAAAUGCAACCCUCCUUAUUAAGUGUAGGUGGCUGAAGUUUUUGUCUUUGAAAAUGUUUGUGAAAUCCAAUGAAUCCCUCUAUUUAUAGUGAUGCAUCGAAAUUCAUUUCUAACCCUCGCGUCUGAUCUCUCUUAUGUUCGACUUGAGGUUUUCCAGAGAGCACAGGAGGAUGAACAAGUUGACCUGAUGUUUUAUUGGACUUUCCACAGGUUCAACUAUAUAUUUUCCUCUAUUUUUAUUAUUAUCAAAUAAAAUGUGGGUUUUAAGAAAACCCUAAUGGAUACUGAAUGUUACGCAAUGCAGUUAAAGGGCAGUGAACUUUAUUUUUGUUAGAGAAAGUCCAUUUCAGUGUGUAGUAUAUAACACUGUAUACUCUUUAAUGGUGUCAGUUCUGCAAAGAAAAGCCUUCCCUUGAAAUAUUCGCCUGUGCUGGGAACGUUUAUCUUUCUUUUCUUAUCUUUUCUUUUUUGCAGAGGUAAAUUAGUGUGUACGUAAUCAAUAUUUGUUUGUUCCAUUCCAUGGAAAUUACAGGUAUGUUGUACAUACUGCCAACGGUUGUCUUGCAAGUUAAGGCAUACCUUUAUUAUGAGACUAUAAAUAAAACUAUUUUAUCCUUUUGGGAUGUA